GACAGAAAUGGCAGAUCUCGCGCCCGUUCGACAUUCGUAGAGCUACUAAUCGACGUGAAGUUUCUGUCGAUCUGUUCUCGGCCCCGGGACUCAGUUUGACGCCGGAACCGCGGGAGGGUACGUUUCGGUGACAUCACCCGCCUCACACAACAGGACCUUCGGACACCGUCUCUUUGCCAACGGCCGACCAUUGGGUUUCGUGCCACUGCGAGAAGGAGAUUACCUUGGUGUCAGAGCUGGUCUGGACAACAUUCCUUGCCCUUAUCUUUCCUGGAAGGUCGCUUUCCUUCAGCCCAAGGUCUGCUCACCGCUACGCUUACAUGUAACUACCGAGUGUCUUCAGACGAUUUAUUGGCCACCGUCGGGGCUUCGUGGUACCUCACUCUCUGAAUGCGACGCCUGUGACAAUCCGUGAGAGGGAGCACAAGCUCUCGCCCUGUCCGCCGUCAAGCUUCUAGACAGCCAAUCUUGGACCCAUCUUCCUAAGGACCGCGCGUACCAUGUCCACGCUAUACAGUGCCCUCGAGUGUCUACGCCCUCGCGACUGGGCGGAUGUGCCCAAAGACGCCGAGCUCAAAUCUUUUCUCCAGGCCACCUUCCGAGACGCCGAAACCAUCAUCUCGUCCGUGCCCCAACCGCCAGGUGGUUCUCCCUUUCACAAUUGCAGGCCUGCUUCUCAUCUCACACGUCCAAACUCAGCCAAAUCCGCCAGCGAAAUUCACAACUCCACCGCACGAGCCGCGGACCCCAACAUUGCGGACCUCGACGCCUUGCAGAAAGGAUGGGGAAAGCCCGUCAAGCUGGGGUCAAAGGAAAAUCCGCUGGGGAUGAGCGUGUGGAAGAUGGCGGGGCAUGACAGGCACGGAGCGUGGUUUGCAAGGCGCAGCGUGCACGAAGGUUUGAGCUUCACCAAGUGGAAAAAGGCUAUGCAGAGGGAGUUUGCGCAGAGCUUGGCUGUGGACGGAGGACCCGGUGAAGGGAGCGUCAGGGGAAUUGGGGCAGAUCGACGAUUGGAGAGAGAGGUUGUCGAAGGGGUAGGACAGCUGGAUGUCUACCAGCUAUCUGCGCAAUUUCCAGGACCCGUGGCGCCUCGAGAGUUCAUCACCUGCCUUCUCACAUCCGAGUCGGCACUUUCAGAUAUAUCUGCCACUCAGAUUAAUGGCUCGAGGAUCAUACCGCGACACUACAUGGUUGUAUCGAUACCAUGUGAGCACCCGGAAGCCUUGCCCAGGUCAGAUCUUGUGCGCGGGUCUUACGAGUCUGUUGAGUUGAUCCGUGAGAUCCCUAUCAACCCAGUAAAGUCGAAAUCUACACCCAACCUGCUAGGCUCGGUGGGAGAUGCAGGUGACGACGAAAAUCACGGCGAGCGAGUGGAUGCUCGCAGACAUAGGGAUGAAGAUCCAGAGAUGAACCCUGUCGAAUGGAUCAUGAUCACGCGAUCCGACCCUGGAGGUGGAAUUCCACGCUUCAUGGUUGAGCGAAACACGCCCUCAAGCAUCGCAUCAGAUGCUGUCAAGUUCCUCGAUUGGGCUACAAGCUUGGAAGAAAUACCUGAUCCAGACCAUGACGCAGACAAACAGAAGGCAGCGCAAGAGCGCAAGACAGAGCGACAAAAGAGCCAGGAUCUGAGCGCGCUGGAGAUAGACGGACAUUUAGCCGGUCUAGCGCCAGUACGAUCGAAGCGUUCGAUGACGGGGGCAUUUGAGCCGAGUGGUCCAAAUGACACCGGGCUAAUUGCGAGUUUAACAAACGCUGCAUCGGGCUACGUACCUGAUGCUGUGAAAGAACGCUUAGGGAUCGGUACUGGAGAUUCAAGCACAGAGCAAUUCCCUGCAUAUGCGGAGUCGGAGUCGUCAUAUGACAGUUUCGACUCGUUUCCCGAGCUGACUUCGGAUUGGAAGACGGCUUAUGAAGAGCCGCUCACAACAGACCCGCUGGACGACACCCAGUCCUCAACCGUGUCCUUGUCGCAAGGCGAGAAGGGCGGCCUUGACGUUAACGACUCAGAUCAGCGGCACUACGAGCGGGAAUUGAAGAAGCUGGCGCAAAGAAGAAAGACGCUAGACGAUCGGAUGGAGAAGGCACGUGAGACGGAGCGCAAGAAGCAAGAAGAGCUGCAGACCAAGGAAGAAAAAGAUCAGGCGAAACAGCGCGAGCGGCUCGAAAGGGAGAAGCUCAAGCAGGAGGAGCGUUACAAGAAGGAACUGGAGAAGCUGGAGGCCAAGCGCGAGAAGGAGGAGCGGAAGAUGGCCGAGAAGCGCAGGAAGGCGCGGGACAAAGACAGCAACGCAAGGGAUCGUCGCGAGCGUGACGAGUACCGGCGUAGGGCCGAGCUUCUGCAGCGCGAGAACGAGCUGUUGAGGAGACAGCUGGGCGAGCUGCAGCGGGAGAACACGCUGCUCGUUCAGAAAGUGGGCAAGCUGUCGGACGGGCAGAGCAUGGUCAGACAGGUAAGAGAGGAGCUAGAGCGACGCACGCCCAGGAGCUCGUCGGAGUUCUUGGCCAGUCUCGAGCGAGACAGAGCCAGGGCGAGCAGCGUGCGGAGCGUAGACACGGGGAUAAGUAAGAAGACCGGAGGGGAGAAAAGCAAGUUGUCGUCUGGGAUGGGAAGUGCCAGCGCAGAACGUGUGACACGCCCGACGAUGUAGACGCUCGUGCAGGAGACGUGCACGACAUUGUGGCGAGUUCUCGAGAGCAGUGCAUUUGGCAUGAUGAUUUGCCAUAAACGACUAUAGUCCUCCUAUAUAUCCCUUAGCGUCAGAUGCUAAUCAAAUAUUCUUGUGUCG